AGAGGAAGUCAGGUAAACAGAGAGUGGGAAGCUAUGGCGGUUCAGACAAAGCCGGCUGAACCAGAGAGCGUAAAGGGAGAAGCAGCAGAGCAGACAUUCACGGGUCUGCAUGACGUCAGACGGGAAGUCGGCGUGUUGAAAACCAGCCCUCAGCUUCCUGUUUCUGUCCUCAGUUCACAAGACAGCAGCAGAGAGGAAGUGGCAGGCGAGCGCUCAGCUUCUGCCUCUGAAGGCUCACAGAUUUCCGAGGAUGAAGCUGAAUCCCUGAAACAUGUAGACCCGCACCUGGAGCAGCACAGGGCCCGAUACGAGAGCGCAGAAGAGGAAGACGAAGAGGAGGAGCAGGAAGACAGGGAGCUCUCCGAGGAGGAGUUGGACAAAUACACAACUUCUACAGAUUCUAUAGGAUCUCUCUCUCCUUCGCCGCCUCAUCCCAACUCUUUGGCAGCCAUGAGUCGGAUCUACAACCUGGACACUGUUGGCUCCAGAACUGGAUUAUACCUGAGGGACAGGACAGUAGACAUCCCAUCUUCUGUACACCUCGUUAAAGUGAAGCCGUUUAUUUCAAGCUCCCAGCAGGGGGAUAGCAAAAGCAAAGCAGGCGACGACAUCCGCGGGGUCCAGACACAGAUCGAGCAGUUUCAGCUGAAAGAGCAGGAAGUCCUGAAGUCAUCUGCAAAUUCUUCUGCAAAGGAAAGAGAAGCAAAAAUACAGCAGAGUCCCAAAAGAGAGAUAAAGCUGCAGGUGAAAGAUGCUGAAGAAACACCAGAACUCAACCCCAAGGAGUCUCCACGACAUCUUUGUUCCCCAACAUCUCAGCAGAAGCAAACUAUCACCAUCAACUCCUCAUUUUCAAGAACCCAAUCACCUGACAACUCCCUGAAACCUACAAACUGUGCUCCCACUCCAGCCUCCUCGCCAUGCUCGCCGUCUCCUGCCAACUCCCCCGGCGUCUCCCCGUCUCCCAGCGCCUCGCCCAAGCUCUUCACCAUCAAGAGUGCUUCUGGGGGCCAAGUGAAGAGAGGCCCCACCAUCACAAUCACCCCCAGAAAGCCCGUCGUAGGAGGAGCCACGGGGUCGGCGGCGAAGCCCGGAACAGCAGUACCAGCACCAGCAUCAUCAUCAGGGUCGGCUAAAGCCCCACCCCAGCAAACGAUGAGCCCCACUGUGGAUGAGCCUACGAAGAAGAAGUAUCCAACAGUGGAGGAAAUUGAGGUGAUUGGUGGAUAUCAGAAUCUGGAGAGGUCCUGUCUGGUCAAGAGUAAAGUGACACCAAAGAGGGGGAAGGUGUGUUUUGAUGAAGACCAGCUGGAGCAGGUGUGUGAGUAUCCUUCAGAGACCUUCAUGCUGACGUUGAGCCCGCUCCCUUAUGACCUUGAGAAGAAGGAGAAGGAGGCGCACAAGGGCGAUGGUGAAGGUGAGGGAGGAGGAGGAGUCGUGCUCAAAAGCACGAAGAGCACAGGGACUGCGACAGCGCCUCGCCUGAGAGUGGAUGAGUCUUGCCCUCGGUAGAAGCCAAUCAUCUUCACCAAAAUUGCCCAUGUGAUGAGAUCAUCGACAUUUUAUAAAAAAAAAAAAUCCUAUAAUUUUUUAUCCUCUGUUGAUUUAUUGGUGUGUUGUAUUCCUUUUGGCAUCUUUGCUUAAUGUAGAAUCAGUUCGUUUAGGAUGAGGCCCAUGGUUUUUUACUGUGGGAACAUUUAUUUUCAGGGACAGCUGUGAAUGUUACGGCACGGUACGUAUGUAAAAAGAUAAAAAUGAAAACUCAGGUGUGUAUUUCUGAGUGAUGACGAUCACUUAUCUAUGCAAUAAGAACAAAUAAAAAAAAGAUUUUCUUUUCCAGGUGAUAUAUUUUAUAGUUUAAUCUAUAUUUGUUUUUUAAAUGUUAGUUUGCUCUGAAGAAAAUAGACUUGAAGUUAUUUUUAUGUCAUCUGGAUUUAUGUGCCUGCUGGAUUAGCUCAUACAGAUGACUUAAAGAUUAAUGUAAUGUAAUCUGAUAGUUUGAAGCCUGUUUGAUAAACCUCCUUUCACUGGGUUUUGGUGCAAUUUGUGACAUGAUUGGUCUAUGAACAUAGACUGUGCUAAAGGUUUUAUUUUGGUGUUUUUAUUGUGAAUGGGACCUUAAUAGAUGUCAAUGAGAGGAAGAUUUUUGCUUCGACCCAGACACCAGAUGCACUUCAGCUGAUUUUGGACUUUUAUUUUGCUUAUUUAACAUAAAUAUUUCAUUUGGUGCAGAUUAUGUGCAUGUGAUGGUUUUCCUCUGAUGGUUGAGGAAGCUGGCUUCAAAACAGAAAAAGUUAAUAAAAUGUUAUAAAACA